AUGAAGAAACACACCCAAAGGUCUCUGAGGUCCCUGCGAAAGGGACUGAGGACUCUCCGGGCCCGCAUACGAUCCCACCUGCCGUUUCUCAAACGCAAGAGCGCGUAUGCCUCGUCCAGAAACCGCCCUCCCACCCCUUACGCCUAUCCUUCCUCCAGUCCAGGCUGGCUGCACCGAAAGCCACUGCCUCCGCUGCCGGGAUCUCUGUCCACCAGCAACAUCUCUGUCGACAUACCAUCGCCUGCGCCGCCUCAAGUCGCAGCUGCACCGGCAGAACAACCCGUCGGGACCCUCCACCGGCAACCGUCCUCCUCUCGCGCCCGCUCCCGCAACCAAGAACAGCAGCAGCAGCAGCAGCAGCAGACCGUCAGCACAGCCCCCAUGGCCCCGGCAACCCUCGCAGAGGCCCUGGGCAAGUUGUCGGCCGCGCUCUCGCACAUCCCGCACGCGCUCUGCGGGCGCGCCGCCCUCGCCGCAUGGGGGUACACCGACAAGCCCGUCCGGCGGCUCACCGUCAGCGUGCCCGAGUCCUCGCGUGCCGUGCUGCGCUCCUGGGCCGCGGCGAGCGGGAUGCUGCUCGUGGGCGCCGACGUGAUGGGGCUCAUGACGGCCGACGGCGUGCUGCGCAGGGUCAGCCUGCGGUUCGUCCCCGACGGCGACUUCGCGGCGCUGCGCGUCGUCGAGCGCGUCGUCAUCGUCGCCGCCGCCGCCUCGCCCGCGCAGGCCCGUGGCGCCCUUCUUGCCGGCAGCGACGCCCAAGGGGUCAAGUUGCUCGGCCUGGCGUCGCUGCUGGACUGCGCCGCGCGGGCGUGGCGCGCGGACUGGCGGGCGAGGGGCUACGGGUGGCUGCGCAAGAGCCUGGCCGAGGACUGCGUGUGGGUCCUGCGCCGGCUGGUGGCGGGCGGGUUCGCCGAGGCCGGGGCCGAGAUGCUGCGGCGCGAGGCGGUGCCGCACGUGGCGGACUACCGCUUCCUGGCCGAGUUUGCCGCCGAGCAGCCGUAUGCUGUUGGACAGCAGCGGGAGGGUGUCGUCUUCUUCGGGAAGGAGGAGGAGAAGGAGGAAGGCGAGAGAGAUGUCGAUGAUGAGGAGGAGGGGUAUGGAUUCGCGGUAUGGUUGGGUCUCUCUUGGGAGAUAGCCAUGAUCAAGACAAUGUCCCUUGUCGUCUUUUCCCUGUUCCCUCUGUCGGCGCUAGCUACCGUCAAUGGGCGGUGUGUCAAGGGGUCCGAUCCGCUCUACAACAACUUUGGCAUCUGCGUGUCGACCAAGAACUGCAAGAAGUACGGGGGCCACUGGAAGAGCGACCUCUGUCCCUACGAUGGCGAAGAUAUCAAGUGUUGUGUUGUCGAGGAGUCAUGGAGAAGCGGAGACUGCGGCGAGAACGGGUGCUCCAUCUGCCAAUGGACCAGCAUGGCUUGUGAUAUGUUCUGGCUAGACAGUGAGUCUACCAUGUCUUUCCUGACCACGGAGCCUUUAAGACUCACCCCUACUGAACUACAUCCUCUCAAUCGAUAG